GAAGAAUCAGAAGUAUCAUCAGACAUGUUCAAAGCAAAGAUGUUAAGUUGUUGUCAGAAUGAGAAUAUUGAUAUUAUUUUAACAUUUGGUGGUGUUGGAUAUUCUGCAACUGAUAUUGUACCAGAGGUUACAAAAUCCCUGAUAGAGAGAGAAGCACUAGGUUUAUCAAUAGCGGUAUAUAAACACUGUUUAGAUAAUUUACCAUUAACUGUGAGCCUACUAUCAAGGGGAGUGUGUGGUGUAUAUGGAACAACCCUGAUUAUUAAUCUAAGCCAUGAUUCGAGUCACCUUGAGAACUGCCUUCAAAUACUAGACUCGUGUAUUUAUCAAAUCAUGAGAAGUCUGAAGGGUAGUGAUACAGUGAUUGAAGAUUAUGCUAGUUAUGGUCACAGAUCAGAAAGGCUGGAGGAGUAUGAAGAUCAGAUGCAAGAAUCAUGCAGAAUUCCAGAAACACAACAAACUUCCUUCCAGCAUCAAGAGUUACUGCAAGUCUUUGAAGAUUCAAAAGCGACAUAUGGAGACCAAUCCCCAAAUUUUGGUUCAAACAAUAAGAUAAAAGUCAAAGAAAAUCAACCAACAGAAAUUUUGAAUCAAAGUAACCAUUGCUUUGAAGACUUAGAACUUUCAAAUGAACUUUCUCAAGACAAUUCAGCUUUCCUAGAGCAGACCGAUUGGGAUUUGAAGGAUAGAGACAAUACAGCUGAAGGCAAUCCUUAUCAAUCUAGUCAAAAUGGCGUCUCUUCCCUGAGUUUUGUAGACAAACAGCAUGUCCAAACUACAGAAUCUAACCAAAACCUUGUUAGUACUGUUGGGGAAAUCUCAAAUGACAUAAUAAGCCUACACAACUAUAACCUACCACCAAAUCUUGAAGAACCCUUUCCCAAAUCAAAUCAAAGAACUGGUCUUAAGAGGAUAAGGAAAAGAUCUGAGAGCAAGGAUGUUUACAAUUUUGACAGCAAUUCAGAUUCAGACAAUGGCCCGAUGUCUCAAACUCAAAAACAAAAGUCAUUUAAAAAGGCAAGGAUACACAAUAGAGCUGAUCAAAAUAAAGAAGUUAGUUUUGUCCCAGUGGGACAGGGCAUGAUUCAAUUUCUACACACCCAUCCAGCAAUUCAGGGAAUCUACUUAAAUAAAGGGAAGAGACAUAUCAAGAAAAAUUUAGUCAAUCUGAAAAGACAGGAAUCAGCAGUUGACAAAGGAUCAUGGGAAAGACAAGGUCACAAAUUAGAGCGGAAUCGUUUUGAUGAUUAUUUUGAAGCAACAGACCAGGGUAAAGAGAAGAGUGAAGAGAUUGGAAAUUGUUUAGCAAGAGAUGAAUAUGUUGUUAAUUGGUACGUCUGGUGUCCAGGGCGUGGAGGGAACUGCCAGAGGAAGUGUGGUGGUUAUGGAACAUGUCUGGAAGGUUGUCCAGGGAUGUCUCAUAAACAGGAUAGACAUAACUGUUCCUUUUUACUCAACUUGAAGAUAUUUCUAUCUGACCUUACAAAAUGGCGUAUACAGAUCACAGGUUCUCAUGUUCCUGACAAUUCUUCAUUACCAUGGCAACCACCUUCAGUUUCCAAGCAACUAAUGAACCAAUCAACGAAGGACUUCAUUAUUUCUAAAUGCAGCACUCAGAAUGUAUCGUCAACGAAUAUCCAAGAAGCAAUCAUGAAAGAAAAAUCCGUUUUAUCUCCCGAAACUGUUCUACCGAAACGAAAAAUCUCUCGUGUGAUGUAUCGAUUGAAGAGACAAAAAUCUGAACAACGAAGUGUACAGUCCCCAAAUUUCAUACAAUUUGAGGAUAUAGAGUCCCAAUCUCUAACAGAUUCCAUCCAGCCAACCAGUGAUCAAUCUUUCGUGUCUCAAUCAUCAAGUCAUCCAACCCAGGCAUCAACAGCUGCCUUAUGUCAAGAAAAGACAACUCUUGUUAUUCCUUCCAUAAACCGAUCAGAUGUGCCUAAAUCCAGAGUUGGUUUGUCACAAAUGACAACUGAUGAAGAGAAUUUAGUUGAACUGCAAACCACAGGUCCUCAGAAUGUUGAUGUUUCACAAAUAAUCCAGAAUUCCUCUGAGGGCGGAAUGACCAACUCUGAUCUUCAAGCUGUCCUACUGUCCUUAUACAAUACUUGAUAACAAUAGUGUUUAUAAUAAACAUGUUUCAAACCC